CCCCCUCCCCCCUGCCUCCAGCCCUGAGCGGCUGGUGCGGCCAGAGCGUUGGCGCCGGCUGGGCGCGGGGCCAUGGCGGUCACUCCGGAGUCGCUCUCGGGCCAGGACGUCGGAUCCUUCGCCUACUUGACAAUUAAAGACAGAAUACCACAGAUCUUAACCAAGGCUAUUGAUUCCUUGCAUAGACACAAAAGUGAAUUUUUUGAGAAGCAUGGAGAGGAAGGCAUGGAAGCUGAAAAGAAAGCCAUUUCCCUCCUUUCUAAAUUACGAAACGAAUUGCAGACGGACAAGCCCAUCAUUCCUUUGGUUGAAAAGUUUGUGGAUACCGAUAUAUGGAACCAGUAUCUAGAGCACCAAGGGCAUCUGCUCCAUGACAGCGAUGAGAAACCACGGUGGUUCUAUUCUCCGUGGCUGUUUGUGGAGUGCUACAUGUACCGGAGGAUCCACGAGGCCAUUAUCCAGAGCCCGCCGAUCGACACCUUCGAUGUGUUUCGAGAAUCGAAGGAGCAGAGUUUCUUCGAGUCGCUGGAGUCCAUCCGCAGCCUGUGCGCCUGCCUGCAGGAGACGCUGGGCACGCCCGACGCCCUCCACGGCGAGCGGCUCAAGGCCGAGUUCUUCAAGUUCCUCCAGAUUUCACUGUGGGGAAAUAAGUGUGAUCUCUCUCUAUCAGGCGGAGAAAGUCGAUCCCAGAAGACCAAUAUAAUCAACUCCCUGGAGGACCUCAAACCGUUCAUCCUGGUCAACGACAUGGAGCGUCUCUGGUCCCUGCUCGACAAGUGCCGGCAGGCCCAGGGCAGCGCAGCCGUCCGCGUGGCCCUCGUUCUGGAUAAUUCCGGGUUCGAGCUGGUCACAGAUUUAGUCCUAGCCGACUUCUUGUUAACCUCGAAGCUGGCUACCGAGAUCUAUUUUUACGGGAAGAUGAUCCCCUGGUUCGUCUCCGAUACCACCGCCCGUGAUUUUAAGUGGCUGAUCGACCAGGCCAGGCAGUCGGGCCACCAGGGGGUGUCCAAGUGUGGGGGCGACUGGGGCAGGUACGUGGAGACGGGCCGGUGGGUGUACCGCGACCACGUCUUCUGGACCCUGCCCCACGAGUACAGCGCCAUGGCCCAGGUGGCGCCGGACCUGUACGCCGAGCUCCAGAUGGCCCAGCUCGUGCUGUUCAAGGGCGACCUGAACUACCGGAAGCUGACGGGCGACCGCAAGUGGGAGUUCACCGUCCCCUUCCACCGGGCCCUGAACGGCUUCCACCCAGCCCCACUCUGCAGCAUCCGGACCCUGAAGGCUGAGAUCCAGGUGGGCCUGCAGCCGGGCCAGGGCGAGCAGCUCACGGCCUCCGAACCCACCUGGUUGACCACCGGCAAGUACGGUGUCUUCCAGUUCGACGGGCCGCUGUGACGUGCCCCGGACCUCCUUAGGGAAGGGGUGUGCGGGCCGAGCUGGUUGGCCGUGACCCCCUGCCUCUCAGACCCAGCCUUCUCCCCUGGGGGCCUUCCGUACCGGGGGAGGGAUGGAGGAAGCUAGUUACAGAUAUUUAUUUUAUGUUGGAAUUUUCGUAAUUUAUUUCUCAUCAAAUACUUAGCUUCAAGGAGUUCGGCUGGGGCUCGGAGCCGUAGUACAGUGGGUAGGGCGUUUGCCUUGCAUGCGGCCGACCCAGGUUCAAUCCCCUGGUGGUCACCCAAGCAUCGCCAGGUGUUAAUUCCUGAGUGCAGAGCCAGGAGCAACCCCUGAGCAUCGCUGGGUGUGACCCAAAAAGCAAAAAUCAAUAAAUAAAACAUUGGAAAACAAAAACAGAGUUCGGAUGACCAUGGCUCUUUAUUGAGGAGGAAACAAAAGUAUUUAAGAGUUCUGCUUUUUUUGUUUGUUGGUUGGUUUGUUAAAAAAAUUUUUUUUUCAGUGCUAAUGCUGCAUGGUAUUCCACAUUUUAAGGAGCAUGGGGCUUUGCUUAUUUGGGGUCCAGGGCUUUCUAAACACGUGCAUUUUAAUGAUUGUAAAGAGGCAUUUCUUACAACUGUGAUGUUUUUACACAUAAAACUUACCUCAGAUUAAUACCAACUUGAAUAUAUUUCAACAGCCUGCUUGCUGUAUUUGCACAUAUUUGCAUUUUGAUUGACCUCUGGGUGGAGGGGGGGAAACAAAAUUGAACAGAAUGAAACAAAUGGUUUUGAAGAAAUGUAAUGUAUUUUACAUUCUGCUUGUUAUAGCCAAAAUCAAGCCAAGCGGUGUCUUUUAAAACAUGAAUGUUUUAAGCAAGUAGGUUUUUAGGUUGGUCUCUGCCAUUUAAAAAAAAAAGUGCUUUAGAGAGAAAAAAAAAUUUUGUGCAUUGUAUUUGAAAUCCUACUAACAUAUAUUCUUACUCCGUUCUUUGGCGGUGACCAGAUUUUAAAGAUUGAGUUUCCAUUCUUUUCUGUUUUGAAUCUAAAAUUGGGAAAUAAAUCUGGGAAAAGGAUUUGCAUUGGAAUAAUA